AUGAAAAAACCUAUUUUAUAUGGUUGCAUAGUAUGCCCUUAUACAAACAAAGUAAGAUUUGCUUUAGAAAUGCUUAAAAUUGACUAUAAAUAUCAAGAAAUUGACAUUCUUACUGGAAAAAAUAAAAAUAAUUCUUAUCUAUAAAUUAAUCCUUAAGGUAGAGUUCCUUCAUUAACUACGAUUAAUAACAAAAAUUUAUAUGACAGCUAAGUGCUCUUAUAGUACAUAGAGGAUGAAUAUAAAGGUUUGUUUCCUUAAGAUAACUAUGCUAAAGGUCUCCAAAGAAUAUGGGUUUAGUACUUUGAUAAUAACAUAUUUUCAAAAUAUCAUCCUGCACUAGCUGCAUAUUAAGAAAAUAAAUAAGACUUAUUAAAUAAGCUAUAAUAAGAAACAUUUGAAAAUAUGAAAUUCUUUUCAUAGAAUUCUGGAAUCACAUAAAAAAUAAAAUUAAAAUAAAACUGUUUUUAUGAAGGAGGAAGCAUUCCUACAUAUGCAGAUGUAGCAAUAAUUCCUCAUUUAAGAAUUAUGAAUAUAUUUUGGAAGCACUUUUUAAACAAAGAUUUAUUCUAAUCAAAUAAAAAUGAUGAAGAUGUAUUAUCCUUAAAGCAAUUAUAUGAAAAUAUACAUACAUUGGAAAGUUGUUAAAAUGUUUCUUUUUAAUUUAAAUAAAUACCAACAAAAGGAGAUAACCAAUUAGUUGAUGAUUUAAUCAAUAAAAACUCUUUCAAUUUUGAAAAUUAUAUUGUAAAUUUUUUAAAAAUUAAAUUAAGUUAAAAGUGA